AUGUCCACGCGGAAGCUCCGCAGCGACACGGCCGCGGAGAGGGCUGCCGCCGCCCCCUCCAAAUCGACCGUUGGCGAGCAGCCAGCCAAGAAGCAGAAGUCAACCGCUCCCAAGUACAUUUGCACCUGCUGCGGCGACGAGAAGACUUCCAGAUCGUUCCCGAAUUACACACCAACACCCGAUUGCGACCACCUGAUCAACACCUGCCGUACGUGCCUGAAGCAGUGGGUCGAGGUGCAGGUCGACAGCGCCAAUUUCCUACGCGUCUCGGGCGACAAUGAAACAUCGACGUUCGGCAUCAAAUGCGUGGAAUGCAAGGAGGUGAUGAGGCCGGUGAACGUCGAGAUAGCAGCGUCAAAGGCCGUGUAUGAGAGGUUUGAUAAGGUUGCCAAACGCAAGUUGGCAGAAGACAUACCAGGCUGGCGUUGGUGUCUCGCUCCGCUCUGCGACAACGGCCAGAAGCACGUGAAGGUGGAGGCGGCCACAGCUUCGAAGAAGAAGUUGGGCAGAGGCAAGAAGAAGGAUACCGAGGGUGGAGAUUCAGCAAAGCCUCCCGACAUCUGCACAUGCAACAAGUGCGGCGCGAAGGCUUGCGUUUCAUGCGAUGCGCCCUGGCACGAGGGAGAGACCUGCGAGGAGUACAAGGACCGCACGCACUCUGAGCAAGACGAGGCAUCUCUGGCCAUGAUAAGGAAUUCGUUCAAGAAGUGUCCAUCCUGCAACAAGAGCAUCGAGAAGAAUGGCGGCUGCGACUAUAUGGCAUGUUCCCAAUGCAACAAAGCAUUCUGCUGGCGCUGCGUCCAGGUGUUCCAGUACGGCCAAUUCUGCGCGUGCCAUCCAGCUCCACCCAACUGGCCACCAGCGGGGAUUCUGCCUGUUUACAGAUGA